AGGCGGCGAUACUGCUGUAAAGUGUCGCGCGGUCGCUAUGGUUUCCCGUGGUCGGUGAGUCUGGAGUGGGCCGAGGUGACGGACGGAUCGUUUCUAACUCGAUCUCCCUCAGACGGACGGAAAUGGACAACUCGGGAACCGGGGGAGGUUUACGGGCCGGGUUCGGCCUUUUCAGCGGCGGCGGCGGUGGUGGCGGCGCUGGCUCCUCGGUGCCAGAUUAUUCUCAGCCCGACCUUUCCCGUGUCCCCUUAACUGGAAUGAGCCCGUUGUCUCCAUAUCUGAACCUUGAUCCUCGAUAUUUGAUCCAAGACACUGAGGAGUUUAUAUUACCAACUGGAGCUAAUAAGACUCGAGGAAGAUUCGAGCUGGCUUUUUUUACGAUUGGUGGUUGCUGUAUGACUGGUGCUGCUAUUGGUGCCGUAAAUGGCCUGCGUCUGGGAUUGAAAGAGACUCGAGAUAUGGCUUGGUCAAAACCCAGAAAUGUUCAAAUCCUGAAUAUGGUCACAAGACAGGGAGCUCUAUGGGCCAACACACUCGGUUCCUUGGCUGAGGCACUUACACCUGACUGUUCUGCUGCAGCUCUCUUGUACAGCACGUUUGGUGUUGUCAUCGAAAAGGUUCGGGGUGCAGAGGAUGAUCUGAACACAGUAGCAGCAGGAUCCUUGACUGGCCUACUGUAUAAAUCUACAGCUGGACUUCGUGGGGCAGCACGGGGAGGAUUUGCUGGCUUUGUGCUGACUGGACUGUACGCUCUCUACAACAACUGGGACCACUUAAAGGGUGUGUCAGUGCGGCAUUCCCUCUGAGGCUGCAGGGUGGGAAGAACCAUCAGGAGCAUUUGAAUAGGUGUGUUACAGUGAAUGAGACCUGAACCCAGAGUGCAACUGAUUUAAAGAUCUUAACUAUUAGUUUAUCCAUAAAUUUGAUGAUUUGAAGAUCACUUGCAGAUAUUGAGUGGAAGGUGACAUUGCAGUGCUGGCUGAUACCAGUCUUACUGAGACAUCGGUCCAAGAUGAGCAGUGUCAACAGAGGUGAGAAAUGCUUUUGGUUGCAGGUCUGAGACCAGCAGCAAUUCUAAUUCUGAUGGACCAGUGCAAAAUAAUCUGAUAGAGCAGUUGGUAACUAAUCAGCCAGAUUUUCCAUUGGUAGGAACUGACUGCUGCAGCAACAUUAAGGAGUAAUGCAGUCAAAGUUUGAAUUGGAUUCCACGGACCAUUUCUACAAAACAAUUCGGCUAACUUUUUUUCUCAAUUCUGCAAAUCUAAGCUCGCAAGUGCAAUAAUGUUCUAUGGGCUGUUCUUGCUAUCUAUUGUAAGUCCACUUCCACACAAGUGUACAUCAAGUCUGUUGAUCCUUGUACAACCUCCUGGAUUGGGCAAAGUUACUCACUCAUUGUUCUCUAAUGCAACAAAAAAAAACUUUUACUUUUUAACUGAUCUAGCAAAUAACUGUGUCAAAGGAAUUGAUCAGAUGCACUGAAUGAUUUCUUCUCAUUCCCUGUGUUCUGUAGCACGCUUGAGAAUUAAAUGGUUAACCUCAUUUGUACAAUUAAAUCCAGCAAUUCCCCUGGAUUGUUUUAUACAAUGGUCAGUGUUUAUGAUUGUGUUCUGAGGAUUGGCAAGGAAGGGGGAGUUGCUGGUCUUGACCUCCUUGUUUAAUUUGCGAUCAUCACUUGUCACCACGAUCAAGUUUUUUUUCCACCAAAAAUGAAAAAAUCUCAAGCUGCUAACUGUUUUACUGACAUCCUUCCAUAUAGAGUUGAGUUCUGAUAAGUAAUUGUGUGUGUGUGUGGACUUGAAGAAAAUAAUAAACUUGUGAAUGGAGGUAUAAGAACCAAAAAUGAAGAGUUGAGAAUAAGAAAAUUACUGGCCUAAUGCAGAUGAAGCCUCACAGCUGGCGUGUGCUAUGCGAGUGUUUCGCUUUAUGGGAACUGUGGAUACAGAAAGAACACUGAUGCUCUGAAUGCUACCUGUUAUUUAGGUGGAACCAUACAACCCUUUAACCAUGUCCUGUUUUUAUGAAGUUUUGUCUUUUUGAAGUUGUUCUAAAAGAAGAAUCUGGACAAGCACAGCACAGAAUAAAGACAUGCUAUUUAUUGUUUAAUAAA